GUGCAAUCGGCCCCAUGUCAGCUAGCUAGCUCAGAAAGGCUGCAAGCAGAAAAGAAAGAAAGAAACCUUAAUUUUAUUUGCCUUAAAAGCCGAUAAGUCUCGUCUAUCAUGGAGCAGAAUGGUAGGGAGGAGAUACCAGUGUUCGAUCCAUCUGUAUUAGAGAAACUCAAAGAAGAUUUUGAAAGUAUUUCAAAAGUAUCCUUCAAGCCACCCAUUAGUCCUGCGAAUCCUGGAACAGAUUUAUUAAUGAGACCACUUCAUAUAGGAGAUUAUGACAAAGGGUACCUGCAACUGCUGUCACAGCUUACAACGGUUGGCAAUGUGUCAAGGGAACUCUUUGAAGAACAAUUCCUUGCCUACAAAGCUUGUCCAAACUCUUAUUACAUCAUCGUUAUAGAAGACACAAGCACUGGUCAGGUGGUGGCCUCGGGAACAUUAGGAAUAGAUUUCAAAUUUAUUCAUAUGUGCUCAAAGAAAGGAAACUUGGAUGAAAUAGUGGUGAAAGAAGAGUACAGGGGAAGACAGUUAGGAAAGUUGAUAGUAGAAACCCUUACAUUACUAAGUCAACAGGUUGGCUGCUACAAAACGGCUCUCGAGUGCAAGACAGAAAAUAUGGGAUUCUACACCAAGUUUGGCUUCAAGAAGGAUGUUCAAAAUUACAUGACCUAUCGACAUGAACAUUGUUCAUUGCAUAAAGAGGAGACCAACAGUUAAUGAUCAUUUCUGACCAAUAUAUCAUUUUAAUCAUGAGUACAGAUAAUUGCAGGUCAGAUGUCUUCAUUAAUCUUCAGCUUUAGUGGAAAAGCAAAAGAAUCAGGAUUAGUGCAGUUGUAGUUAACUUUUGCUACAUUUUGUGUGCCUAAGAGAUGUAAUAAUGUUGUAUUCAAUUUGCAUUUCACGUUAAUGAGUAACAUCAAGGGAAAGCUAGAAUUCAUUGUCAGACUCAGAUGAGAUGGAUUCUUGACUGCGUUCAGGCAAAAUAUGUGUCCCUGCUUUUGCCAGACCAAAAUUUGUCAUACAACUUAUACAAUUUUCUCAUGACCUCCGAGAUCUUCAACCUUGUGACUCCCAAUUCUAAUGAUGAAAAUGGUAAGGAUUAUCCUCACAUGGAUAUCCAUAUAUUAGCCAAAUUUGAAAUUGAUCCCUCAGUUGGUUCUUCAGUUUUCACAAGAGAGAUAUGUAUUCUAAGUUUUAUAAUGAUCCUUGCGACCUUUGAUCCUGUGCUUCUUGGUUAUUGUUUGAUGGUUAAAACCCUUCCUUUAUAUGUCCAUUUUUCGUUUUUGUUGCAAACGUUUGCUCUUUUUCUUUCUCUUAGAUGACGACCAGCCCAGGCAGGGUGUAUGACACCC